ACCACACACGCACAUUUUAUACACACACACAAUAUAUGUACUAUAUACUGGGACUCUGCAGUUUGCUGGGGCCUUGAUACGAGUUCAUGAAGUCCUAGUCACCGGGUCCUGGACACUCUCUGCAUGUAUCUGACUGGUCUGUCUGUGUUAGUAAGUGGAUAUUCAGAUGAGAUGCGCUUUAGUAGAUGUGUGGCUUGUGAUAAAUAUUCCUGUGCCGCACGUUCACGCUGUGGUGUUCAUAGAUAGCUGUGACCAGGGGUGAAGUCACCCCAUCGUUCCCACCCUGUGAUGUAAAGGGCUACCUGGGAAGCCAGGCUUCCUGCCUGUUCCAUAAGUUAUCUAAGGUGAGACUAAAAGCGGAGGAGAAGCUGCUAUAAAGUUGCCUUUCUGGCAGCAAGGGCAAGUGACUUCUCUCUCCCAGCCUGCUGAAAGCAGGAAAGGCACCUGGUGGCGGUUGCAAAGUGUUCUUCGUUGCCUUGCUCUUGUUUUUGAACGUGCUUUGUGCUAAAGCCACCCCCAAGGAAAGACACUUCACUAGAAUUUGGGACUUCGUUUUAUCUUUCUUGGUUGGAGUAGCUGCCCUCUAGCUCACCAUACCUGCCUUCUAAGGGAUUACUAGAAAGCUAUUAAAUUUAAAUGUACAUUUAUCUUUUGUACAAAUAGGGCCUGGAUUUUGAGGAUGUCGCUAACUAGGUGAAGCUUUCUUCUGCAUUGAUGGAAAAAAGUGAUGAUCAACAGUGGUACCUCCGUGGAUAAAGCCACGGGCAAAAAUAGUUGCAUGCAGAGCCUGGGUAUAAUGCUUUUUGAUGUUUGCAAGGCAGGUAUGUUCUGCGGAGAUGAAUUACCUGACUUGCUGCUUGUUUCCUGAGAAACGAAUGUCAGAUUAUGGAAGUGUGUUGUGAAUAAUGUGUUUUUUUGCCCUUGCGAUCAAAUGAAGUUGGAGACUGAGGACAGGAAUUAAAGAUGUGGGAACAGCAUGUGUCUUCCAUAGAUGCAGAAGUGAUGCAAAAACAAUGUUUCUUGCCGGUGCUGAAAUGCCUAGUGUUCUGGUAAGUGAGAGGGGUGGUAGAAAUGAGGAAGAUAUUCAGGUUGGUUUUUAUAAGAAGCUACACCAUCGGGUACAUCUUUAUUGUAUAUUUAAAAUAUAUUCCCAAUUAUGUGAGGUUUUAAAUGUGUAGUUUGUGUGAGCAGGUUGGAAUUGCGCAUCUAACUCAUGGUAGCGUUGAGCUGAUGUCGUCAGCGUGGUCCAGGAAAUAUGCGAGAUGUAAAAAUCCUGUGUUGUGGGUGAUGAUCACCUUGUAUUGGACCAGUUGUAUGGUUGGUAUAGACGUAGGCAAGCUUUUGGGUAUCGCGGGACCCUUCCUCAGGCAUCUGAAAUAAAAGGUUUUCUGGCUGUCUUGCCACCUGUAGUUGUCAUUGAAACGGCUCCACUAAUGGUAACAGAGGGUGAAAUUGUAGUUGAGGCAUUGCCUAGGUACAUUUACCACUGUGUUGUCAGGGAGCUGUGCAGCAGGUGAUUCACUUUUUAACUUGGUGCUUGCAGCCUAGGCCCACGCGGUGGCAGGGAAGGUAUGAUUUUCCCCUGAGUUUGUAGCAUCUGUCCACUGUGGGUCAAAGAGUUAAAACUGCAGUUCAGCAAAUCUCCUCCAUGCUGGGUGAUCAGCCCUUUUGCUGCUUUGUCACGGGAUGGAGAACCCAGGGGUAAAUACUGUGCAGCUAAUCCAGGCAGCUCGUCCCGUGUGAAAGGCACUCUGGCAAGGAGAACUGCAGUGGUCAGCUGCUGAAACAAGAAUUUCUCAUUAUAUUAGAUUGACCAAGGAUAUUGGAUCAAAGAAUGUCUAGUGAUCUGUUGUUUUAGACUCUUCAUAAAGGGAAUUAACACAUCCGUAAAUGGAUCAGGUGCCAAAAUUUGCUGGCACAAUUUGGCUAAUUUUUUAGCUUAACAGUGACAUUCAUUUCAGAGAAUGUGUGUCCUGACCGCAGUAGGCAGUUAUGGCUUUGCUGGCCCUUUUAGGAGUCUGUUCCUUAAUCCUAAUGCUAAAACAUAAGGGAAGAAGUGGAUGUUUUUGAGAUGUAGCAAAACAGUUCCUGUCCUUAAUAGAUAAGGCUCAUUUAGUUCUCAGCUGUGUUAAGAAGGGGCCUUCCUAUAUCAUAAUUUGUGUUAUCUGACUAUAAAUGGAGGUUCUCUGUAUUGGGAAUGACAGAUGGGUGUGUGUAAUACAUGGUAACACGGUGGAAUGCCUGUUUUAUUGUGUUAUAGAACAGCACGGGGGUAGGGUUUGCUAGGUAUCUAAAACAAACCAGGCCCUCUAUUUUUUUCUGUAUGAAAUGCGCUAUGCUGACCAAUGGUUUUUGAUAUCUGUUCUAGUUCAUGAAGGCAGCCCGCUUGGGGAGCUUCAUCGCUGUGUCCGAGAUGGCGUGAAAAUCAACGUCCAUAUUCGCACUUUCAAAGGACUGCGUGGUGUCUGCACGGGGUUUCUGGUCGCAUUUGACAAAUUCUGGAAUAUGGCCCUAACAGAUGUAGACGAAACGUAUAGAAAACCUGUACUGGGGAAGGCAUUCUACAAUGAGCCCCAGCUCACACUUACCAGGCUGUUUGACAGGCUCAAACUACAGGAGUCUUCUGAAAAGAAGGGAGCUGAUACAAAGACUGAGCCAGAGGAGACGGCCACAACAAGCGAACCCCAGCCGCUCGGGCGGAAAGUUGGGUCAGGAUGGGGGAGAGCCGAAGAGGAGCGAGAGACGCAGAAACACGUGGGCAGAGGUGGAGAAAAGAAGACAGCAGGUGACAGCUUGCCUCUGGCAGUCAGAAACGAGGCUGACUUGCCAGGCAGGACUGCCCAGACAGAGGGCACUGGUGCAGGAGCUACCACUGCAAGAAGCCAGCCCCGGAAAAAAAAGAGGCCCAAGGUGGAUUAUCAGCAGGUGUUCACACGCCACAUAAACCAGAUAUUUAUCCGAGGAGAGAAUGUCUUGCUUGUCCACUUAGCGCACUGACUUGGCAGGGCUGAGUCAGUAUAUUUAAUCAAUAGCAUGAAUCACAGCUACAGCUCUGGCUAAGCAUCGUUGUGAAGCAGUAUGGUAUUAUAACUAGAUUCCCAUUCUUUAAUUGUAACAGGAUAGGGGAAAUUGCUAUGUCUGUCUUGCCAGGGCAUCUUGAAGCAGUAGCUACCAGAGCAGCCGGUCUUACACCUCUGUCAAGGGGCUUGGGACAAAUUCAGCAAGACACUUCAGUUCUGUGAGGCGAGGGGAAACUGGCAGGAUCUGGCAGGGACCCUGGUCCCUUUAAAGGGCUUCAGGAAGCGUGUCGGGAAGUGAAAUUAGGGUGCUUCGUUUGGAACAAAAAUGUUGUUCCACUUCAAGAACAUGUAAUUUUACACAGUCUAAAAUGAGUGCCCAAUCCUAAAUAUUCUACUUCCUCUAAGUUUUUGCAAAAGCAGUUUUCACUGACAAAGUCAAUAGUUUUUAAAUGCAAGUAAAUGAAGAAUCCAGAGUUUCCCCUUUUACCAGGCCUAGCUUUGCCCAUGCACCCCAGUCCCUUUGUUCAAGCCUGUUGCUAACGAGGACUGAAUUGUGAUAUGGUCUGAGGCAUCUCAGUGAGCACCACCUAAAAUUCCUCUUUAUAUCAGGGAACUGAGACAGGAUUUGUGCUUGCUUCUAAGCGCAAAGCUUGUGCUCUUACCCAUUGUGUCAUGCUGCCUUCCCACGCUAUCAGCAAGCACUUAGCAAUGUCAGUCCAGGAGCUUUCUUCCCUGGAGUUCCUCUGCGAGUGUUAUAAUGGGAGGAAGCACCUGGGAAAUCAGUCUUUUCUAUUUCUUGUUGUAGCGUUAUACACGGUGAUGUACUUUUCUUGUCAGAUUUUUAAAAUAAGUUUUUGUGCUGAGCACAGCCGUACUGUAACUGAGCACCUCUGAGGUUCCCUCUGUUGACACUAGAGGCACCACCUCACCAGCAGGUCUGAUAGGAUCCAAGUCUUCGUGAUGCUUUCCUAUCUCUACAAAUGAUGCUGCUUUGAAUUCCAUCUGAACUGAGCUUCAGAGAUGUGCUUCGAAUUAAUGAAGUAUAAAAAUUAAAGCCAAACUGUAGCAAAAGAGUAGCUUUAUUUUGAUAGCUUUGUUCAUACCUAAACCACUGAAGAGCAGCCAGAGCUGCUGUGUAUCUAAACUGUUUCCAGGAGCCAUUCUUGAGAUCGAGAGUGAGCAGAAACUGCUAGAAUACCCAGUGGGACCUCUAAUUUAUUUUCACCCAUUUACUCAUGUAAUUAAUUCCAAUUAUCUCAUACUAUAGAGCAGCUCCCUUCCUUACAACAAGUAUUAGAUGUGUCCGGAACGCUAUUCAUGGGUCAAGGGGGAGGGGAAAGGAUACCUUAGUGCGUUAUAAUAUAUCUUGUAAUACAUUAUGCAUGACAAAGUCACAAAACUUACUGGUUAUAUUAUCAUACUUCUGCAUAAUCCUCCUGUCUCGAGUACUACGUAAUCACAUUGCUUUUAGUUAGGAACAUACCUGACACUUUUGUAAAUUAUGAAAAUGAUUUAACAAGAGUUUCUGGACACAUGAACCAGGUGUUUUUAAGUGGGAUGGUUCAAAAUUUUUAUGCAGGCAUUGCAGAUAAUUAGGGGCUUAAUGGCUAAUCAGUAAGCCUGUGGGUCUCUAGUUCAGAUUCAUCCAGGGAUGGCAGCAACUGAGUGAAAUGGAAUCUAAUCACAGGCACUGGAGAUUAUUUGGGAACCAACCAAAUUCAGCAAGAUUCUGCAAAUUCAGUAGAAAAAAAAAAGUGCUAUAAUUUCUUAUAAUUGAGCGUAGCCUUGUGACUAAAACUGCCUUCUACUGCCUGAACCAAGACUUUGGCCACUGAAAAUGCUUAUCUCUUUUCAGGCACAGUUCCUCCUGUUUUUGGGUUAUUGUUUUUGCUAUUCUUAAGAAGCCUUCUGUUGCUUCUCCCCUCUCUUCCAACUGCAGCCCCAUAUACCAUCCUGCAUCGCUUUCUAAAAUGUUGGAGCAAAAGCUUGUUCUCUUAUUUGCACGUAAUUUGCUCAGCACGCUCUUUCUGCGCCUUGCCAGUUCAAAUUUCUCUCUGGUCACUUGGCUGAUUACAGGCAUUUCCAGUUGUUUAAACUGGAACUAAAGGCUUCAUUUCUGUCCCUAACUUCAGAUGAGAGUUUGUCACUGCAAUACUCUUUGCUUUGCUUCUGAUCAUACGCUUUCCUGACGCUGCACUCCAGAGACUUUCUUCUUACCUGGUUGAUUUGUUAGGGUAGCCUGAGCUCAUCAUCUCUCUGCUUUUUCCUCUCUAAUAAUGAGUCUCUCUCCAAGAGAGUCCUCUUUUACCCCCUAUUUCUGUUUUUACCAUGGCCCUUACACGAUGCGAUUUAUCUCUGUUUAGACUAAUUACGUGGUGACAUUCAGUGGUGUUUCUCCUUUUCCUUCUACCCAUAAUUCUUUUUCUACCUGCCUCAAUUCUGUUUCCACUUGGAUGAGAGUCACUUGCCUUAAAUUCAAUACGACUAAGAUGAAUGUUCUUCCUUCAGCUCAACUGCCGUUGUUUUCACUCUCUGAUGCUGCCUUCAGUCUAGAUGUUGGAAUGAACUUCAGUCCAGCAACUCUGUCCGCUCUCAUCUACAAGAUUUAACCAGAGAUAUCACCUCCUAAACACCCGCAGGCUUAUUACUUCUCCUUUAGUAAAUCUCCUCACCUCGAGCUGCUUGUUUGUGCCUUAAUUUCUGCAUUGCUGUUGAUUUACUCUUUCCAUAUUUUCACCUUGGACACCCUAGAUGAUUAAGUACCAAGCAACUAGUUCACAUUUUUUCCCCCUAACCCUUCGUGUUGUUCCUUUCUUCACUUCAUGGGAUUCCCAUCGUUCAUGUUGUCUGUUAAACUUCUCUUACGCUCUUGUUUCAAUGCCUGAAUUGCUGUAUCCUCUACUUGUUUUCCCUCACUUUCCUAUCUGAUCCCUGUUACUAUCUCCUUGCUGUUUCUAAAAAUGUUCUUUUUUUUUUUCUCCGCUGUAGCACCAAGUAUCUGGAAUUUCCUUCCUUUUCGCCACCUUUUCUUUCAUUUUUUUAUUUUAAAAUCCAUCUUUCAAGCCAAUUAUUAUGAACCUUGUCUCUUGGUUCAUAAUAAUUUGGUUGUCACUCAGCAAGAAUCUUAGUCAGCAAUGGUCCUGUGUGUUUCUUUUGUAUGUGUUUAGCACUUCCAGUAAAAGUUUCUAUGUAAAUGCAGUCUAAUGCGAAAUCCUGGAAUGAAUUCCUCUACCUCAUCUAAAUCUCUGAAAAGGUAAUAAUUUUGUUUUUUUUUUCCUUCUGUUUCAUUGUUUUUAGAUAUUUCUUUCCUGUAUUCUUCUUCACUUCCCAGGAUGUUUUGACACACAAUUUAAGUUCUUUGUUUCCUACAUGCAGACUGUUUCUGCCAGUCCCCAUAGCAUCGUUGUAAAUGAGACUGAGCAGGCAGUGCGAAAACUUCAGAUAAUAAACAAACAGCAGGAGCUGCUGGGGUCUUAGGAAACCAAGAAUGUGAAGGUAGAAAGUUGGGGGUUAGACUAUCAGCAAUACGCUGAGAUGGAGGAGCGUAGCGAUUGCACUCUGUCUAGCUCCUGUGAACAGUCUGUAUGAUCGGAUAGCAGCACUACACGGUGUGUGAAACACACUGCCUUAAGAAAAGUGUCAUGGAAAGCUUGGCAAUUAUUAGAAAUGGUCCUAAAAUACAAAGAAAACAUGGAUUUUUUUUUCUAUCAGCUGUAUUGGUGAUGAAAGGUACUGGAAUUGAACUGCGAUGUCACAGUAAUGUCGAAUAUGUUGUAAUCCCUUAUUUAUUUAUUGCCAACACAACCUACUUCAAGAAAAAAACAGAAACCCAACCCACAACAUCUUUUCAAGCACAACUGGUCUCUUAAAUUAAAGCCUUGUAUCACCUGGGAUAGGAACUGCAUUCGCUAUAGUUGCACUUGUGCAGAGACAGGGGGGUCAGUAAGCAGAUUUGUAAUGUAGGUUGGGAAGGAUAGUUUGAAAUCAGGAUCGUGUCAUUAGCCUGGGGAAAGAGAGGAGUAAGAAUAACCCUACUUGGCAACUUCUGUGUUUAAAUAUGGUUAUGGGUACCAUGGUCUUGGUUCCCUUUGUGGAAAGGGCAGUAAUGGUUUCCUUCCAGCAUGCCAGACGGUGCUUAAGCCUGGCUCUAGCAUUCAGCUUCCUUAUUCUGAAGGAAUGUGGCCAACUGUGGUAGAAAGUGUCAAGUGUUUUCACAUCCUCCUCCAAUUAGGCUAGCCUCUGUCUAGGUUGCUGCCUAAAGAUUUUCACUGAUUACCAGAGAGAGCUACUCCCUUCCUGCCUCCCUCUCACUGAAAAUGCAGGUGUGUGUUUACUGUCUCUUUUGAGCCGUUCAUUCUCCCACGAGGACAAGGGUCACUGUUUCUGAUUGUGGAUUUUCCCUGGGCUCCACAAAUGUUGGAAGCAGGCGCCGAUCUGUUGGUAGGAAUAGCUCCCUCCUCACCUCAAAUGCUAUCAGGUCUUGUUCUGAUCUAGACAAAUAUCCCUCCCGCAGGGAUCACAGAGUGGAGCAAGCUUUAAGAUCAGACUACAAGGCAUCAUAAGUCGGUAUGCAAACUUAGCUGUUCUGCCUGGCUUUUAAAGGAUAUCGCAGCAUGGAGGGGAUAUGGCCAAAAAUCAACUAAUUGGAGAUGUGAAGUCAGUGCACACUAGGUGACUUUCGUAAUCAAAAUCCUCUUCAGGUCAUGCAUGUACUCCUUGAGAUUUGCAUCAAAAUCUAAUGGCAUGCACUUGAGUAGUUGCAGUUGUAGGUGUAUUCCUGAGAAGGGGCUAUCUAAGCAUACCAGCAAACUACGCGGGCAGAUCAUUUUUGGGAGAUCAUGAAAGAAAAGUGUUAAAGGCUUGGAGACAUAUUUCCCUUGUUACAGACAAUAGAAAAGAGGUUUGGGAGCAUCCUGCCAAGGGGAAAUUCUUCUUUCGAGGCUACAGGUUUUUCUUCAGUCUCCUGGUUUGAUAGCAGCUAUUUUAGAGGAGUCUGGGACCAACCCACGUGUUCAGUAUACACCUGUGGGCAGGUGUGAGGGAGCACAUGGGGCUGGAGGGCUUUCCCCAGGGUCAUUCAGUGUGCAGCCACUUGGGCCUUCACGCCAGACGGGUGUCAGGGUAAGCAAGGUGUCCCCUGCAUGGGAGCAAUGUCGGCUCACCUUGAGAGGCUCUUAAGGAACGCGUGUUUUUAGGGGCUCAGAGAAGCAAGCACGUGGAGGCUUCCCCGGCUGCAUAGCUGCCUGUAGCAGGGCAUAGGACGCUCCUACCUCUUCAGUGUCCUACUUCUACCAGGUGCUUGAGCCUUGCCUGAAGGGGAAAUGUUCAGGCAGAAGUCAGGACAGGUGUGUCUCAUUUGCAUUAGCUGAGGGCCAUGCAGUUGGGUCUGGAGUGCUCUGCCAGGGAGGAGGCAGAAGCGGACUGAAGUGUUCCCUGCGAUGUCUUCCCAACUCAUAAGCUUGAGAGACUUUAAUCUGAGGUUUGUUCUCCUUUAUUUUGGGGCUUUUUUUCCUGUUACCGAAACUGUUAAAUGCCAGGAGUUGGGGCAUGGGGCAAGGGUAACUUUGGACUUCCAUCAGAAAGGAAUGGGAACUUCACUCAGUUACAGUGCCUUAAAACCUUGUCCAGGCCCUUUGUCUGACCGCUGCGGGAAAGACGAGUGGCUGCUACAUACUUUGAAAGUAGGGGCUCAGCCUGGGCAGCUAAUACGGCGAGUCCCAUUCUCUCAAGGUGUAGAUCAUCCUUGAAGGAAACACCCUGUUUUGGAGGCGUAAGAUGAUAUUUCCCUUCUUCUGACUUGACGCCUGGACCCCAAGACAAAAAUGGCAGCUGCUGGAUGUAAGCAAAGGGGUUGAAGUUCACUAGGAGAGAACAAAUGCCCAAAGUCCAGUUGUUUGCUGCAGGUAUCCCACCCCCAGGCUUCCCUGCCUGGAUAGCUCUGCAUCUGCCCUUAUUCUAGCCUUGGGAUUUCUUGACUGCCCCAGUCCUGUACUGGAUGAUGAGAAAGCUAGCCAUGAUUAGAGAGGAGAGCAGCUUUCUUACCUGAUAAAACUGGUUUUCUUUGACUUGUAUAACUCCCCAGCUGUUGCCUGCAAGCUUUAACAUAAUCUGGUCCAAGCUGGGUGGUUGACACUAGGCAAUGCAGGGACAACUAAGGGAGCAAAUGAACUCUGAUACUUCCAUGACGUUAGCUCUCUGCAUAUUUUACAGCGCAUGAAAUGCAGUGAUUCUAGGGGGGCACAGCCAAGCCCUGCCAUGCUAACUGGCAUAUUUGAUUCAGCCUCCAAAAUUUGCAGAGGAAACCCUGUUGGGAGAAGAAAAACCAGGUAAGCAACCUCUCUCUUUUGCACUGGGGUAGGCUGGAGUCUCGGUGAUUCUUACUCGUUUCCUGGGGGCGGAGGAGAAGGGCCUGCUGGAGUGGAGGAAUAUCAGAUGGCUCGGCUCCUGAUGUUUACAAGCCCCUUUAGAUGUCACCGUAAGUGUUCUUGCUCUUAGGUGACAGAAGUGAAAGGCUGUCAAGGAAGGAAAAAUGGCUUCUGAUGUUCCUGGAUAGCUAUUUUAUUAGCUUCUAGCUUCAUAGUAUACAGUAGGACGACUUAGCUGAAGAAAAUUAGUACACCUGAGACUUUCAGUCUGUCUUGUAUUCGUUUAGAGUGAAGAGGAGUUUGAUCAGUUUGUGUAAAAACAUAUCCAUCCUUUUUUCCUCUCAAAAGAACGGUGCUCUCCCUCAGGAAAAAAAAAUGAAAGCUGCUCCGGCUCCUUUAGCAAUCGCUUUUGAUUUUUGCUGCUUCAGAGCAAAGUGCAGCUGUAUCAUUGUAUCUUCCACUCUAUAGAUCGUUUUAAGUUUUAGGAAUGGAGAGAAACGUUCAACUUCUUUAAAAACCAAAAGGGGCAUUAUUUGGGGAGUUGACGGGCUGACCUUCGUUCAGAUGGUUGCAUGCGUCCGGCAUAACUGCAUGGAUUGGGACUUAUUAACCGGUUGCAAAUGUGUAUAGCUAUAUAACUGAAACCUAAGGAGAUGGCAUGCGCUACCCCGCCAAAUGCAGGAGUGAGAGUUGGGUGCUGACGAGUUGUAAUCCCACAACUGCCAUAAACUCUCUGUAUGGCUUUGGCAAGUCGCUUCUGUGCUCUCUCGCUUUCCACAUCUCUAGGACGAGGGCGAUACUUGCCUAUCUCACAAGAGCGUUGUGAGGAUCUAGCACUUCACAAGUGCUGCAUAGUAAUAUCAAAACCAUAAUGCAUCGAUUCCAGAGCGUCUGCCCUCUUCCAGCACUUAACCUUUAGCCUUGUGUCUCAGCACACUAGAAACGUGCAGGUGUCAGGUGUAUUCAUGCACUCGAGUCUUGAAAUGACUUGUUUGUACGUGGCUAGACCUGGGUUGGCUGCAGAUUUCUACUUGAUGCCUGAAGAACCGUGAUCUGGUAAAACCGUCAUGGAUGAGCAUAUAACUUGCUUCGAAUGAUCUCUGUCUUCCUGAUCUUUGUAUUAUUUCUUGGAAGGAAUUGCUUCUAUGAAUAUAACUGAAUUUGCAUUACUAUGCUUUUGAGAGAGAAAUAUUUGUGUACAAAGUGCUGAAACUGCAAUGCAAUAAAUAUUUCGGUGUAACAGGUAGUUUGAAGGUUAUUUCUUGGUGCUUUGUUAAUUUGUGUAACGAGCCGUAAAGGGAAUCGUGUGUUUCUUGUCCCGGUGGUUUGAGUAGAAGACUGGCAGUAGAGACCAUCGUGUCCCAGCUCGGCAGUUGACUUGUAUGAUUCAGGCAAGCCUUUCUAACCUUCUUGUUCUAUGGUUUAUCCAUUAUCCAACUGCAAAAUGGAGAUGUGGGUACAUACUGUUUGUGAAGCACGCUGAUACCCUGGGAUGAAAGAAGCUAGUUAUGCGAGUUCAGCUACUCCCUGCAAGGCAGUGCCCGAGGCUCUGCUGUGCAAAUAUGGAGCAAAAUGGUGGAGUCUAUAAAGGUCUGUUUGUCCACACUGCAACUGCACAGCCACUGGGGAUGCACAGGUUUCAUAUAUAUAGAGAGAGAGAGAGACUCUGUUGCUGGCUUUCCUCCAUCAGUUACCUGCUUUUGAGGCUCCAGACCAUAAGCAAGACUAUUAAGCAUCAUCCAGCUUGUGCUGUUUACUCCUAAAAGGCCUUAUGGAGCUGGGUACCUAAGCACCUGUCAUACCCUACGGGUGUAAGUGUUUUGCAGAAUUAAGACCACCAUCCAUAGUCUACUAUUGGCCUCAGGUACUUGACAAAGCCCUGGGUCUGUCUGUAUUGAUUUUGUCAAUCCUUUGAGGAGCUGCUGGACUGUGGUGUUUUCAGAGAUCUUUCUCUCUCUCUGCUUUCAUGCCAUUUAGUUCAGAUAGCUGCAUAUUUGUUAAAAACCUUAUUUCAUUAUUGCAAAGUUGGGGCCUGUUGGGAGGGGAGGGGGAAACAAAACUCCAGUAAAAAGCCAGUAACUUACAAUAGGAGAAUGAUGCGAGUCUGGCUGGGUUCACAGUGAGCACUCCAGGUCACUGACUUUCAUUUAAAUUAAAAAGCAUUGCAGGUAAUCAAGGUAAUCGCCUCCCAGAAACUCCCCAUCUUAUGCAAGGAGUCGGCUCUCUUUUUUGCGGGUCUGGCUCCACCUCUGCAAGUCCUGCGAGCUGAGUUACAGCUGUCAGCACCCGUGCAGCCCGUUCUUUCUCCGCAGAUACGAUGCUCUUUCAGGCUUCAGUUCAGCACCCUCCACUUGCAACACGCGGGCAGUGUCCAUUGACUUCAGGGAAAUUACUUUAGCAUGUGCUUAACUUAAGCACUCCAACACCUUCCCACACUGCAGCCUUGAAGCAGGAAGAGCAGACAUGAAUUGCAAUAGUCCUGACUUCAACUGCGGGUAAAGACAAGUGUGACAGUGCUGCAAAUAGGGUUGGUCUAAUAAAAGAUAUCAAAUUCACCCAAGGAACCUUGUCUGCAAAUAGAUAAGGCAUUCAAGAAGACAGAGCUACCUGCCUAUCUACCUACUUAUAGCAACCUCUUUCAGAAAAAAAAAAUACAUUUGUUAAAAUUUGGGAUUAUUUGCUUUGUUUUUCAGUCCCUGAAGUUUCCCUCCCCUUGAACUGUGGUCAGAACUGCACAAAUUAUGGCAAAUGAGAUAUUAAUUUUACCGAAUAAGCAUGUUUUGAUCUCCACUCUGUGUUCAUGAGUCAGGUUGGGGAAAAAGAGGUAGCCUUCAGCACCUGCUCUUAAUCUGUGUGUGUGUGUGUGUGUGUGUGUGUGUAGGGGGGUAUUUCUGCUAAAUGCAGUGAACAGCAAAAUAGUUCAACAAUGGUCAUAUUUUUCAAUGGCAUGUUUCAGAGCUAAUAAAAAAGCAGAUAUGAACUGGAUAACAAAUAGCAGGAGCACCUGAUCUGAGCAGAAGAUCCAGCCCAAUUAGGCUGAUUGCAAGUGAGUGGCCACCUCCUCCCUGUUUUCAGAUGUAUUGAGACAGCGGCGCGCUGGGUCAUGUUCACAAAGUUUUUCUUUCUUAGCAACGAAGCCAGAAACUUAAGGUUUCAUUAAAGGAUGGUGAUUUUUUUUUGUUACAAGCUGCUGGGUGCCGCGGAGAAGGGCUGCAGCGAGGAGCUGUCUCCGUGACCUUUGCCUGUCCCUUGCGCUUCUAUCACCUUCCCUUGUGCUUUGUUCAGUGCCUGGCAAAUAUAAAAACAGAUGGUUUUAAUAUCACCACCAAUCUCUUCGGUGGGCUAGUCGUCUCUGCUGGGCUUCGGCUCUCGAGCGUAAUAGAUUGAGAUCGCAUUUAAUUUGCUUGCCUCUGUAUCACUCUGGCACUGCCACUGCCUCCCCACCCUUGUUUUAUUGUGUCACUAGCAACCGAGAGGAGUCUUCUCCAGGUCACCGGCUUCAUGCAACGCAGCUGGGCAGCGGGGCGGCUCACCUCGUAGGAAGUUGGUGCCAGCGGCUGGCCCGGGCCUGCGUCCACAUCUCCCUGUAUGGAGGGUAUGCCUCUAACUAGCAACCGCACUGUUCAAACAAAGCCCCCUGCAACAUUUAGGGCUUUGGAUUACUCUUUUUUGUGGUCAAUAACUUCUUAAGCCAAAUAAUUCACAGAAGUUUCUCAUCAGAUCAUUGGGUCCAGCCCCCCUGCUCUGGGCAGGGAAGCGUGCUGGGGUCACAGCAAGGCGCGCGUCCAGUCUCCUUUUGAGGAUCUCCAGGGUAGGUGCCUGCAUCGACAGGAACGGGACGAGAGCUCAAGCAGGAUGGCAUUGCCUCUGCUGGGCACCGCGCGCAGGCUCAAACAAGGGAUAUAUGAGCCAUACCCUGGGGGCGCGGGGACCCCUAUAUCAAUUUGUGAGACUAUUUUGUAUGGGGGGGAAGGCUGAAGGAUGCUUUGCCUGUUUACCUCUUUCAUUGCAAGAGGAUGCACUUCAGCUGUACUCCACGCUGCAUCUUUAAAGUCGAUUGCAAACACCUGUCUGUUUGCUUCCUUUCCCAGCUCUGCCUGGGGAAGGAGGGCUGGAAACCUUUGCUAGGGGGUUUUAUUACAAGAAGACUUCUCAUAUCCCACUAGGUGGCAGUGGCUGAAAGAGAAAUCCCCGGUUCGAAUCACAGCAGUGAGUUAGUGCUGAAUACUUACAGCCCCAGAGCCGGCAAUAAGAGACGCACGCCAUAUAACAAGCCCCAGCGACAACAUUGGCAUGUCCCAUCGAUACUGAAUAUAUUCAAUUGGCGGCCCCGGGGAAGCCAGCUGCGCGGAGGAACCCGUUCAGAAAGCAGCUUGGACUCGCAGCCGGGGGGGAACGGCAGUUUCUUCGGUAAACGUGAUACCUAUGCAGGUGGCAAAAUUGAGUCUAGGAACACUAUGUAAGUGGAAGGAGCUUGCUGAGGCAUUUUGGGGAGAAACUGCUAUUAUAUCUCAUUGGAAACUCAGUGCCAGCCCUUGAGUAACUUGCUCCGUUUGCAUUUAAGGUAGCCUAACAUCAGCAGAGCACGGCACUGCCUUUUGCCACAGGCCCUGGGAGAUCAUAGACCCAUAGAAAAUGAGAGUUGGAUGGAAAUCGCAUCUAAUCCAACCCCCCGCUCAAAGCCAACGCCAUCAUCCCAGCC